AUGGUCGUGCCCCCAAGCAGCGGAGGGGCUGCUGCUGCCUCUUCAGCAAGUCGCCCGACAUUCACCGCCAGCAAUGUCGCCUCCAAGUCUGCUGCUCAUACGCCGAGUGCAGCCGUCAACAACACACCCAUGCCUCUCAGCGCAAGACGCUCAGAGCCUCUGGACCUGAACACUGUAGAACGUCGGGGACAACCAAAUGCUGCGCCUGAGAUCAUCAAGAGGAACAGACUACACGGUAUCCCCGAAGGGCCCACCUUCCGACCCACCGAGGAGGAGUUUCGCGACCCUAUGGCGUAUAUGCGCAAGAUUGAACCUGAAGGUCGAAGAUAUGGAAUCGCAAAGAUCAUCCCUCCUGAAGGUUGGCAGAUGCCUUUCGCCAUUGACACAUCAGUGCGUAUUGCAUGA